UUGGAUUCAUCUAACACAGAUCACUUACAGCACUUCUCCAUAUCUACAGGCUUGGGCGCUUCAAUACAAUGCCUUGAAGCCUGUGAAGACCUUCACAAAUACGGGUUCAUACACCGUGAUCUGAAACCUGCAAAUUAUGCUUGUGGAUUAGGCGAAAAGAAACAUGUGUAUAUUUUGGACUUCGGAAUAGCUAGACGUAUUCUCAAUGAUAAAAAUGAAUUGAAGACGCCACGUGUAUCAGUUCGUUUCAAGGGUACUAUACCAUUUGCCUCCAUUGCUUGUCACAGAGGUAUAGAAAUGGGGCCAAAAGAUGAUUGCGAGUCAUGGUUCUACUUGAUGUUAGAUUUAACGGUUCCGGGAGGCUUGAUUUGGAAACGAAUUGCUGAUAAGAAUGAAGUGCUCAAAGUGAAAGAAGAAUGUAGGACGUCGAGAAAGGACCAAAUGCUUGGCUCUUUGAAAUGCAAAGAAGAACUCUUGCGAGUACUCGAGUAUAUCGAUAAGCUGCAGUAUCACGAUCAUGUUGAUUAUACGUACAUUUAUAAGAUGCUCGAAGAGGGAGCAAUUCAAGCGGGUGGAAAUGUGAAUAAUCCAUAUGACUGGGAGACCGAAAUUCCGUAA